AUGCAAAUUGAAGUCUCGUCGUCUGCGCACACCGUCCUUCCGUGUAGCGACUGCUCAAGGGUGUGGUUGUCCGCGACUGGCAAUCCCGAGUUUGACGCCAUGGCGGCCUCGCCUGCGGGGCUCGACGCCCACGAACAGCCCUCGGACGAAAUGCGCGCGGAAUGGAAGGCCGUCUCCCGCCUGGACCAGCAUCUCGUCGCCGAGGACCCGAGGAUCGACGACCCCCGGCUGCCGUGCGCGGCGGGCACCUCCUUCCGCCCAGCAGGGCGCAUCGACAGACGCCAGCUCGCCAGCGCGUUUGAGCACCUACACCCCGAGCUUGCCGCGCUCGCCGACGACCACGCGCCCGUCCUCUUCCAUCCCCUGCUGCCUGGCCUGCUCAUCGCGCCGAACCUCAUCCCGCCGCCGGUCCAAAAGAGCCUGCUCGCCAAGAUGCUCCAUCGGGACCUGUCCAACCCCGCCCACCAGACCAACAUGCACCUCCACUACGCCCUGCCGUACCCUUCCCUCCCGCCAGACCCCCCCUCCCCGCCCCGGUCCCGGUCCUUCUUCUCCCUCGCCCCGGACUCGGCGCCGUGCUUCGUCCCCAAGGACCCUGGGGUUCACAAGCCCCUCACGCCGAGGCAAGUGCUCGACCGCCGGCUGCACUGGCUCACCCUCGGCGGGCAGUACGACUGGACCAACCGCGCGUAUCCGGACCAGCAGCCGCCAAAGUUCCCCGCCGACCUGGCGGGGUUCCUGGAGGAGCUGUUCCCCGAGACGCAGGCGCAAGCCGCCAUUGUCAACUUCUACAGCCCCGGCGACACGAUGAUGAUGCACAGGGACGUGAGCGAGGACACGGACAAGGGGCUCGUCAGUCUGAGCUUCGGGUGCGACUGCUUGUUCAUGAUUGCGCCGAGCGGCUCGCCGGGCCAAGCGGACGGGGGUGGAUCGCGCGUCGCCGGGCCCGGGGGGAAGCAGUAUCUGCUGCUGAGGCUGCGGUCGGGCGACGCCGUCUACAUGACCGCCGAGUCGAGGUAUGCGUGGCAUGGCGUGCCAAAGGUCAUCAAGGGGACGUGCCCUGACUACCUGGAGGACUGGCCGGCUGAAAACGGGCAGUAUGCAGAGUGGCAAGGGUGGAUGAAGAAUAAGCGCAUCAAUUUAAACGUGAGGCAAAUGACCGAAUGA